GGUGAAACAGAACACAGAAUUUUCUGCUUUCCAGUCAAAAGAGCUAUAAAUAAUCAUAUUUUGUAUGCAUUUUAUUUAAGCAUGGCUUAAACCAAACUUAACAACUGAUGCUCUUCGAAGAAUCAGAAUCUAAAUAAAGAGGAAAGGAAAGAGUUGGUGUUCCACGUGUUCUUGGAAGCAGGGAAGAGGAAGGAAAAUAACACUGCCUUGUCGCAUGUGUAUCACGUUCUGGCCAAGAUAUCCAGUGGGAAAGUCUCAUGAUACUAAUUCCUGUCAGCCUGAGGUAGGGAUUGUCAUAAUUCCAUCUUCAUUCCAGUUGGACUACAGGUGGGGCAUCUGAAGAAAAGGAGGGUUAGGUGAUAGAGACGUGGUUGUUUCCUUCAGAUAUUUGAAAAGAGUAUUAGGCUUACUCUGUAGCUAGAGGACAGAACUAGGGCUAAGGUAAAUCAAUCGAAAAGGUGUUUUUUGUUUUUUAUUUUCUCUCCCCCCAACCCCGAGUUAGUGUCAAAACUCGUUUGGGGUAAAUUUGAACUGAACUGACAGGAGGCUUUUUUCCCCUUAGUGUGACUAUAAGUUUUGCUGAGAAACAUUAGAAUGUUUGAUUUCAGGAUGCUGCCUCAAACCUCUCUGGAAGAGUUACAAGGUUUAUGUGCAGUAUUAAUUUUCUAAAAUCCAUAAAAUCCUGGUCCUUGGGUACAUAACAAGGGACUUGUACUUGACAAGAAUGAUCUGCUCAUUGGGUGAGGGGUGGGAUAACCUUGUCCCAGCAUGAAAGAGUCUGAUUCUACUGUCUGGUUUACUGUCUGGUAGCAAGAAAUUGCUUCUUCCUGGCAUGGAAUAGAAUUCUCUAAAAUUGAAACUACUUACAGAAGCUCUUGAGAAAGUUUGAGCAAUUGCCUAAAGAAUGACAUUUACUUCUGUUUUAAUAGUUUUGACACAUCUACCCUGACAUUAGUAAAGAUAUUAGGUUAUAUGAAAAUUUUACUUAAAGAAUGAGUAAAUCACAUGAUCCGCAGAUAAUCAAUUUUUUGUGGCAUUUUGUAGUUUUCAUUGGAACAUUUACAAAGUAUGCAAAAUGAUAAAACUAUUAUACCUUACAGAUAGGGUAGAAGUAGAUAAUCUUCUAACUGUAAGUAUCCAGCACCAUCUCUAGUAGGAAAAAAACAUUAAAAUUUUAGUUUAAGACAUUUCUGGAGGAAUAUCUGCUCCUGUAUCACUAGGUGAUAUUGCCUUCAUAUUUACUUAUAUUUCAGAUAUAAGGAAUAUUUUUUUCAAGAGACAGUUAAAACAGUGAUAGAUAGCAUUUACUGAAUAUCUACAUCGUAUCACUUAAUCCUCACAACAAUCCUGCGAAGUUAGGUGGUAUUUUUCCUAUUUCACAGAUGAAAAUGAUAUUUAGAAAGGUUGCCCCAAGGUUUACUCCAUAAGCAACAGAGCUGGAUUUUGAAUCCCGGUCUGCAGGGUUCCAGAGCCAAUUCUCUGUUGUAUUCCCUACUACGUUUAUGAAGCUUUUAUGAUUUCUUACUUUAAGUUUGUAGUUUGGAAGAUUUAUAUUACUUAAGCAAUACUCAUGUUAUCCAUAGUAAUCCAUUUAUGGUUUGUGACUUGAAAUGUAAGGGCCAUAUCUGAUUUGGCGAGCCUUGUUAAACUUGUUCACAUAAUUUUGGCUCAUAAACAAUUUAUUGAUAAUAUCUUAACCUAAGGAUGAGCGGCUGCAGUCAGGGUGUCUUGCCUGCAGGUGUUCUUGAGAUUUCAAAGCAUUUCAAACUCAGAUAGAAGCGAGAUACUAAACAUGCUAAAGAGGGCCCCUAAAAUUUCUAACCACUUUUAGAGGCUAAAUGCUACUCUGUCCUACAGUAUAAGGACUUAUGUUGUUUGCUGUUAUUUUCUAAAAUAUUUGUGAAGUUUGAAUAAAUAAACUGAUUUCAAAACACAUCAUUUAAGAAAGCACUUGUAAUUAAUUUGGUCUUCUUUACACCUCCUUUAAUCAUAUUAUUAACUUACCAAUAUGGGCACAAUCUGAAGCUGUUAAACUCUUAGGAUAGAAGUAUUUAAAAAUGUAUAAUAAUGCUCAAAAGAUAUUUGGAGAUUUUACUAACCGUAUAUAACUUCUGACAUAGUAGUAAGAGAAUUAUUUCUGCCAAAAUAAACAAUACAGAUUAUAGUUACUAUAUAAAGGUAUUUUUGCCAUAUUUUUUCUUUGCCUCCACCCAUGUCUCCCAUAUUAUGUUUAUUUAAUGUUGAUGGAUUAGUAUGGGUACAAUCAUGUAAUGUUGGGAGGUAGCAAAUAAUGUGGUUCUGUUAUACCUAAAUGCUGAGAAAUUGAACCAUCAACUGUCUUUUCUGCAACAUAGAGCUUAAUUUCUCCCACUUCACCCUUGAUGGGCUGGUAAGAGCAUUUGAAUUGGUAAGAAACACAGAAUAAACACUUUAGGGCAAUGAAACUUUUCAGAAGGAAAACUUGCGUGAAAUCCAAUUUCUUUCUCAAAAUUAAGAUUGAGAAUAUUUUGAUUCAUCAGCUUCUCUCAAGGUAGGUUAAAAUACAUACUGACAUUUAAUUGACAUUAAUUCAGAUAUUUUAAAAAGGAAUAUACCUUUUUGGUCUCUCUCUCUCUUUUGUAUAUAUUUUAGAUGAAAGCAAACUUGGGUGAGAAUCAAAGCAGAAGUCUCAAGGUCUGUAGCCUUUCUAUCAAGAGAGCUGAUGCUUUUGUGUUGAGGAGACUUGUUGGCUUGCCUUGAGAUGAGAGCAUUUCUAGAUUUGGUAGUUUCACAGCAGGCUUUUCUCACUGUUUGCUAUGAAUUGUCUGUAAGACAAAACUAAGCUUGAGGUAAAAUUUACUGUUUGAAAUUUCUUAACCUAAUUUCUAUAAACUGAAAUUUUGUCAAAUGCUCUGGUAUUAUGAAAAGAAUACAGUUUUAGACCUGCAGAAAUUCUGAUCUAAAGAUUUUGGAGGAGGGACUUCCCUGGUGGUCCAGUGGUUAAGACUCCACGCUUCUAAUGCAGGGGGCGCGGGUUUGAUCCCUGGUUGGGGUACUAAGAUCCCACGUGCUGCACGGCGCAGCCAGAAAAAAAAAAAAAAAGAUCCUGGAGGAAAUCAAGUUUAUAACUCAUGAGAUUUAAUUUGGGUAAAUCACUUGGGCUCCAUUCUGCCAUAUGGUUUUAUGGUUCAGAAGAAUUAUUCUUACCUUUUCUGAGAUUAAAUAUCACUUGCUUUUAUCAGUAUAACCAUAGCAAAAAAAAUUUACCCCAAAGAAGCCCUAAAUAUUAAAAAAAAUAAGGUACUAUCUUCAGUCCAUUAGGUAGAUUUGUAGUUUAUAAUAGCUUAAAAGUUGUGGACUUACCCCACGUUGGUUCAAAACAGAAAUGAUUAACUGUGAAAGAAGAAAAAUCAAUGAUCAGUGAUAUCAAUGGGUUUACCUUUUAGCUUAUUUUUAACUUAGUACAUAUAUAAGCUGAAAUACUUUCUAUAUGAAAAUCUUUGUUUUUAUUGAAAAUUAAUUCCAUUUUUACUGCUUUGUGUUUUAUUUACAUGAGGUAAGAUUUUUUUUUUUUUUUUUUGCUAUACGUGGGCCUCUCACUGUUGUGGCCUCUCCCAUUGCGGAGCACAGGCUACGGAUGCCCAGGCUCAGUGGCCAUGGCUCACGGGCCCAGCCGCUCCGCGGCAUGUGGGAUCUUCCCGGACCAGGGCAUGAACCCGUGUCCCCUGCAUCAGCAGGCGGACUCUCAACCACUGCACCACGAGGGAAGCCCAUGAGGAAUAGCUCUAUUUCUAGCAAGACUGGAGGCAUAGAUGAAGAGCUGGGCGGUGAUACAUGAUGGAGAAGUUGAACAACUGGACGUAGAGAUAAGAGACCUUCCUUCAAGUCUUGACUCUGCUAUUUACUAUGUGUGGUGGUUUGACAAAUUGUUCAUCUGUACUCUCUCAUCUCUCAAGGUGAGGUGAGCAGAAAUAUCAAGUUCUGGAGGCUGGAAGUCCAAGAUCAAGGUGUUCUCUUGAGGCCUCUCUCCUUGGCUUACAGAUGGCUGCCUUCUUGCUGUGUCCUCACAAGCGCACAUGCUUCUGGGGCUGAUUGCAACAUGAGAGGUUCAUUUCUUGAACUGGCUGUAUCCUUGCAACUUCACGACGCUAGAUAGGUAAUGCCAGGGUGAGAUUGAAGCUGCAAGAUGAUAGAAAAAUAAGAUGGAAACAGCCUGGGCUCCUGGGUCAUUGUCUACAGGAGAGCUACUUUGAAUUGUGACACAAGCAACAAUAAGAAGUGGAUUUAUUUAGAGAGAAACACAGACAGAGUGUGGGCCAUCUCAGAAGAAAAUUAUGAACUCCCUCAAAUCUCAGAAAGAAAUGGUGUCCAUGAAUUAAAUGGUUCUUACAAUCAACAGCUGCUACAUAAUCUAUGGCAAAAUAGAAACUAACACGGCAUCUGAAAAGAUGAAAAAUAAUGAAAACCUAAGAAGCAGUGUUUUCCAGAUGCCCGUCAUGACCUCUCAGUGGGUUAUAAAUCAAUUCGGGGAGUUGAAACAAUUAUAAGCAGCAUUAUAAAAGAAACAUAAGAGACAUUAUCGAAGUGUGUCACAAAUAGUAAGGGCCUCACUGUUGUGGCCUCUCCCGUUGCGGAGCACAGGCUCCGGAUGCGCAGGCUCAGCGGCCAUGGCUCACGGGCCCAGCCGCUCCGCGGCAUGUGGGAUCCUCCCGGACCGGGGCACAAACCCGUGUCCCCUGCAUCGGCAGGCGGACUCUCAACCACUGCGCCACCAGGUACAAAAUUGUCAUGCAAAAGCCCAGGACAGUGUGCCACUCAGUCCUCAAAGAGAAAGAUAAGAAAUCCUGGAUUUUCAAAGUCCCUUUGAAGGCUUUUAAGCCUGAUUAAUAUUUCUAAAGGAAAUGAAGAUAAUUAUAUAUUUUUGCAUUUGGACAGUAGCAUGGGCCAUUCCAGUUCCUCAAAUCAAGCCAUUGGAGAGACAUGCUGUUGACAAAUCUGUGAAUUUAAAUCUUCUAGCAGAAUUGAAAGUGCCGAUACAGGAUGAGUUAAAUGCCAAUGAUACCACCAAAGAAAGUGGUGUCCUCCUGCAUGAAAAUGAAAGAGGAAGGCAACAGUACACCAAAGAUGAGUACAAAGGAGAGAGAAAUGGUUCUGAGGGGGCAGAAGUGGGAGAGAAAAGUUCUUCUGCACGUUCCAUGUUAGCAAAUGAAGAGGGGAAUACUGAGGAUCUGAAUGGGGGCACAGGAAAACCAGAAACAUAUGGUCAUGAUGGGCUCCAUCAAGAAGACAGCACCACAGCAAAUGGCGUCAGGGGACAAGUAAGCAUCAUCGACAGUGCUAGAACAGCAAAUGGGAGCAAUAUUAAUGGGAUUACUGGGAACAAUUCCCAAAAUGGGGGUGUUGGAAAUGCAAGUCAGAGUGAAGAUGCCACUGUUGUCCAAGAAGAUGGACAUCAAGGAGCUGGAAGCAAUAAUGGCACAGGUCACAAGGAUGAGAUAAGUGGGAAUUUCUGUAGAAAUGGGGGUGAUACAAGUGAAGAAACACCUCAGAGAGAAGGCGAGAGCAACGGGAAUGAGGAGACAGGGGUAACACCAGGGGAAAGUGGAGAUAGCAAUAGAGAAGAUGUCGCCUUGGACAAUUCUGAUGGAAGUCCUAGUGGGAAUGGAGCAGAUGAAAAUGAAGACAAGGGCUCUGGUGAUGAUGAAGGUGAAGAGACAGGGAAUGGAGAAAAAGGCCCUGAUAACAGCAAGGGCCAAGAGGGUCAACCUCAUGAAACAGAAGGUGACGAUGACAAUAGCUUAGGUCAAAGUUCAAUUAGUGGUGAAGCUGAUGACCCUGCAGACAAAGAAGACACCCACGCCAUUGAUGGAAAUAACACCUCCAAGAGUGAGGACGAUUUUGACGGUAUUUCAGGAGACAAUGGUAGCCAAAAAAUAGAGGACACUCAAAAACACAAUCACAGAGAAAGCAAAGCUGUGGAAAAUGGAAUCACUGAAAAAUUAGAGCCACCUGCUAUUGGGAAGAACCAAGUUAAGGGAAUAGAAAUGGAAUGUCCCAGCAGUGGCAACAGAAACAAUAUUACCAAAGAAGCUGGGAAAAUGAAUGAAGAUAAAGAGAGUAAAGGCCAACAUGGAAUGAUUGUGGGCAAAGGAAAUGUCAAGGCACAAGAAGAGGUUGACGUCAUGCAGGGACCUGGCCAGAAAUUAGAACCUCAAGAUAAGUUUGGACCCAGCAAAACACGUAGUGACAGUAACAGUGAUGGCUAUGACAGUUAUGAGUUUGGUGAUGAAUCCGUGCAAGGAGAUGAUCCCAACAGCAGUGAUGAGUCUAAUGGCAGUGAUGAUACCAAUUCUGAAGGUGACAACAACCACAGUAGCCGAGGAGAUGCUUCUUAUAACUCUGAUGAAUCAAGUGAUAAUGGCAAUGACAGUGACUCAAAAGGAGGAGAAGAAGGUGAUAGUGAUAACACAUCAGAUGCUAAUGAUAGUGGUGGUGAUGGCAAUGGUGACAUGGGGAGUGAUAAGAAUGGAAAAUCAGGCAGCACCAAAGAUAACUCAGAUAGCAGUGACAGCAGCGACAGUAGUGACAGCAGUGACAGCAGUGACAGCAGUGACAGUAGUGACAGCAGUGACAGCAGCAACAGUAGUGAAAGCAGUGACAGCAGUGACAGUAGUGACAGUAGUAGUGGCAGCAAGUCUGACAGCAGUGACAGCAGCGACAAUAGUGAUAGCAGUGACAGUAGCAACAGUAGUGACAGCAAAUCAGACAGCAGUGACAGCAGCAAUAGCAUCAACAGUAGUGAAAGCAGUGACAGCAGUGACAGCAGUGACAGUAGUGACAGUAGUGACAGCAGUGACAGUAGUGACAGCAGUGACAGCAGCAACAGUAGUGAUAGCAGUGACAGUAGUGACAGCAGUGACAGUAGUGACAGCAGCAACAGUAGUGAAAGCAGUGACAGCAGUGACAGCAGUGACAGUAGUAGUAGCAGCAAGUCUGACAGCAGCGACAGUAGCAACAGUAGUGACAGCAAAUCAGACAGCAGUGACAGUAGUGAAAGCAGUGACAGCAGUGACAGUAGUGACAGCAGUGACAGUGGUGACAGCAAAUCAGACAGCAGUGACAGUAGUGACAGCAGUGAAAGUGACAGUAAAUCAGACAGUGACAGUAGUAACAGCAGUGACAGCAAAUCAGACAGCAGUGACAGUAGUGACAGCAGUGACAGCAAAUCAGACAGCAGUGACAGUAGUGAAAGCAGUGACAGCAGUGACAGUAGUGAUAGCAGUGACAGUGGUGACAGCAAGUCGGACAGCAGCAACAGUAGUGAAAGCAGUGACAGCAGUGACAGUAGUGACAGCAGUGAGAGUGGUGACAGCAAAUCAGACAGCAGUGACAGUAGUGACAGCAGUGAAAGUGACAGUAAAUCAGACAGUGACAGUAGUAACAGCAGUGACAGCAAGUCAGACAGCAGCGACAGUAGUGACAGCAGUGACAGUAGUGACAGCAAAUCAGACAGUAGUGACAGCAGUGACAGCAAAUCAGAUAGUAGUGAUAGCAGUGACAGUAGUGACAGUGACAGCAGUGAUAGUGACAGCAGCGACAGUGACAGCAGUGAUAGUGACAGGAGUGACAGCAACAGCAGUGACAGCAACAGCAGUGAUAGUGACAGCAGUGACAGUGCAUCUGACAGUGGUGAUGAGAGUGACAGCAAGAGCAAGUCUGGUAAGGGCGACAACAAUGGAGGUGGUGGUGACAGUGAUAGUGACAGUAAAGGCAGUGACAGUAAUCACUCAACCAGUGACGAUUAGAACUAAAGAAAACUCCACCAGAUUCCUUUUGUGAACAAUCUGGUGAGUAAUUGAUAGGAAAUAAAGAUUUCUAAGAAGGUAAACAAAGGGGAGAAAUAAAAGAGAAGACAUAUGUAAACAACAACAGAAACAACAAGAAAAUAGUCAAAUUGUCAGAUUCAGAACCAGGUCUGAACACCCUCAGAGAGAGAAUCUGUGUACCCGCGUGUUAAAUAUAUUCAGAAAAGAUUUUGUUAAAAGUGUAAAUGUAAACAUAGAAGAAUGAUUAAAAUAUUCUUUAGUAUUUUACACAGAAACCUCAAGUAAUCACAUACUAAAUAACUUCAAUUUAAAUGCCAAGUGCUUUAGAGAAUGUAGCAAGUAAACACAUCUUAAUGCCUUAAUCUUUCAGUAAUUAUAUAUUCUGGAUAGAUGGUCUGCUUACCUCUGAGUAAAAGAUGCUGUUACCAUGAUCUCCAGCUUGGCUACAAUUCAUCUGCUUGUUCUAAGGAAGAAAUACACUUGCAACAUGAAAAAAAAAAUCACAGCAACGAUUUAACCUACCUGGACCAUGGGAAUAAUCUUUGUAAUUAGUGAAUAGAGUAAUUACAAAUUAUGGAAAUUCUAAAGAGUGCUAAGCAGGAAAGAAUUCAGAGGCUGGUUUAAACAAAACCUCACGUAUAGUAUCACAUGCCUGCAAAGUGCUGGAAAUGGAGCAUAACGUCCCCAAAACUACUGACAAAACUGAGGCAGUGCUUAGAACGUGCUCCAACUAUUAAUAAAUAAACUCAUGAAUGAAGUGCUCCUGGAGGGGAUGCACUUUUUGAACUCUCUGUUCAGACGUCUGCUAAGUGGAAUCAGUUAUUUGUCUUCCACCUCAGUCUCACCAAGCCAAACUUGGUUCACAUUUGCCUUUAAACCCCUACAAACCAAAAAUUCCAAAUCAGACUCUGAGACUUCCUUCUUAUUUUAAUCUCUUUGGUAAAGCCCACAGCUGCUUUGGAAACUACUCUUUUUUAUCUGAGAGUCAUACAUGCUGCUAAAAUCUGAACGUGGGUUCUUCAGAUUUUGCACGAAUGAGGGUACGCCUUAGUUCUGAGAUGAAGCCCUAACCCUAGAACAUGAGGAUCUUAAAGGUGUAUGAAACUAGAGCGUGAUAUUUAAUAAGGUGGAUAAUCAUUUAUCCCCAAACCAGGAUACCCUUGAGAAUGAAAGGGCUGCUAUGAAUAAUUACCCGGGGACUGGAGGUGUAAAUUUGGCUUAUCUGGGACUCUGGGAGAUAUAAUGACCAUAAGCAUAAGCCUUUAGGGUAUUAUUCAAGAUUUAGUGAGUGAUGAUUUGUGAUAUCUCUCUUCCACUUAGGUAAUUAUUUUAGAUUUGUUCUAAUUCAAAGGUAAAAUUCUAUACGGCGAAGUGUUGAAUGCAACUUCUUUAAUGUUAAUUUUCAGCCAGUCAUUAGCUGACUGGUUGAAAAUUUUAUGCUCUAUUAUAGGGCAUAUUUUACACAGAGUUUCAGUAGCUUUUUUUUUUCCUGCCUCCUUCCUCCUUUAUGCAUGAGUUUCUUAGUUAAGAGAUCAAUAUUGCAAGUAAUAUUGCUGAAGGCUUUCAAAAUACUGCCAUUUAUAAACUACUUGGUAACUCCUAAUACUGUAAAAUUUCAAGUUUCUACUAUAUCAUAAUCAUGUACAUGACUCCAAACUUCUUUCCUUAAACUGUGCUCUAGAGUUUUAACUCCUUUAGCCCUUUUGUCUUUUUCCAAUUUGUAAAUUGUGGCUUCUAGUAACUGUCCUACCUAUUUCAAAAGGUUGUUAUGAGCUCUAAGUCAGGCAAUGGAUAUGAAACUCUUUGUAAAUUAUAAUAUAUGUAAAUGAAAGAGAUAAUGAAUUUUGGUGCUAUAAUAAACAUCUAUUUCUAGGACUGUUCACAAGGAAAACUCCCUUCAUCUUAAUGAGUUUGUGAGUACUUACUUCCUCCAACAUAUUUUUUUUAAUUAGUUUUUUUUUUUUUUUUUUUGGUCCAUGCUGUGCAGCAUGUGGGAUCUUAGUUCCAUGACCCUGGCAGUGAAAGCACCGAGUCCUAACCACUAGACUGCCAGGGAAUUCCCUAAAAUAAGUUAUUUUUUUAAUUGAAAAAGUAAUAUGUAUAUAUACACAAAAUAAAAAUUUCAAACACUAUGAAAAGGUAGGCAAAAAUAUUAAAUCUCUAUCAUCCCAGAUUCCCAGUCUUCUAUUUCUCUUCCUUAGAGGCAAUUCCCAUUACUAAUAUCUUGUGGAAAUUUCCAGAAAUAUUCUAUGCACAUAUAAGCACGUAUAUCCCCCUUUUAAAAACACAUGGAAGUCUACUACACACAGUGUGCUUAACUUACGCUUUUUAACCUAAAACUAUACCUUGAAUAUUGGUUCGUUACACACAGUGUGACGUUCUUUUUUCAAAGCUGUGUCGUAUUUUAUUUUAUGAAAUGCCUUAGGUAUUUAACCUGUCCCUAUUUUUUGAUCACUUUCCAUUUCUAGUCCAAUGAGAGUCUCUGCAGGUGUCACCUGAGUCAAGUGGGAUAAAUUUCCUGCCAGCUCUUAUAAAGACUUCACCUUAAGAAGUAUUUCUGGGGCAGGGGAGAGGAGAUGUUCAGAAUCUAGGGCCGAUGUCAGAAGCCAUGAAGGAACACUAUGACCCUGACCUUCCACUGUAAUAUCUUCGUUGACCUCCGUCCAUAACUUCAAGGUGAAAAUGAAGGAGACACUCCCAAGGAACGUCUCAAGGGUAGAUCCUUUGAACACAAGAAGUCUGGUAUUAGAAAAUAAAAUUGCUUUUAGGUUAUUUUCUGGACUAAAGAUUAAUGAAGAAACUGCUAAUAUUGCCCAUGAGAGUAGUAUUUUUUUAAACUGCAGGUUGCCACUCAUUUAAUAGGUCAUGAUAUCAGUUUAGUGACACAUGACCAGCACUUUGUAAAAUGAAAGAAUAAAAAAGAAAAAUCUUUAGUGUAUAAUGUGUAGUGUCCCAUGAAACAGUGUUAUUUCUCUAUAUAUACAUACAUACACAAAUAUGUCUAAGUAUGCAUAUACUCUUGGUUGCAGUAAGAAAAAGAUGUGAAAGCCAUUGGUUUAGAAAAGGGUUAUAAAACAUUAUUACUGCUAGUAAUCAUUUUAUAUUUACUUUUGUCAUCUUU